UUUAGGGUUUCGGUAGACAGAAAAAGAAAAGAAUGGCGAAGUGUUUCAACGUAGUUCAGAAGCAGAAGAGAGCACAAAGAGCGGAGAGAAAAAGAGCAACCCAUGGCGACCCUUCAACUAAGAAGCUUAAGAACAAAUCUCAAUCCCUCUCCAUCUCCGGCAAGCGUAAACGCAAGCUUCUCAAAAAAUGGCGGAGGGAUCAAAAAGAAGUUAUAGAAAAGGGGUUGGUGACUAUGGAAGAUGUGGAGAUGGUGGCUGCUGAAGGCACAUCCCAAGACGCUACGAAAAAGGCACCUUCAAAAUUCCACAUGAAGAAGAAUUUGAAGCUUAAGCGAAAAGGUAAAAAGAAGGGUUCUAAGCCUGCCAUUGAAGCUUCAGUGGAUUCUAUGGUAGAAUAAGUUUUGAUGAAGGAAUCCAACAUCAUCAACCUAAUAUUUAUACUUUGGGGACUUGGUUUUGUACCAUGUUGUGUUGGAAUCUACUUGGCAACGAUUUUUGAUAGGCUUUUUG